GUUUCAUUAACGGUUGCAGCGCAGUUGCAGUUGCAAUUUUGCUAAUAAUUGCAACUUGCAACCUUGUGUCCGUUUCAUUAAAAAGUUGCAGUUGCAACGUGCACCUGCUGGUUGCAAAUUUGUAUAGCGCGUUUGCAACUGCCAGUAAGGUGGUGCAGACGGUAGUAAAAUGGCCGAAAUUGAAGCUUAUGUACGCUUACAGCGACGGAAUCGGCGAAAUGUGAGACAAUUCCGUCCUCGCAUUCAAUUCGUGAAUGUUCGAGACAUGGACUUUGUGUCAAGGUAUCGGGUUGACCGCGCUACGGCCCAAGAAUUGAUUGAAAUAGUUGGGCAGGAUUUAUCCCGCGGGACUCAGGGAGGACACUCCAUACCUCCUGACACACAGCUGCUGUUGAGUCUGAGAUACUUAGCCAAAGGGGCGUUUUACAGUGAAGUCGCAGACACUCAUGGUGUAAGCAGAAGCACAGUUUGCAGAGUAAUUGGCCGAGUUGUCAAUAGUAUAAAUGCAAAUAUUGACAAUAUAAGGCAGGCCCGGCAAACCUUCGUCUCCCAUGGGUCCUUUAGCUCCACCAUAGCUGAAGCCUGGUUCACCCACACGACCCUUGAAACCCGGAAGACCGCUAACACCGCCGUCCCUACACAUUCCUUUGAGUCACGGACGGCCUGGCUGACCGGAUAGCUCGUUCUCUUCACGAAUAAUCUGGAGACCUGUGUAGAGAGAAACUGUGACCUUCACUAUAAUCCUGGGCAAAAACAUUUAUAGAAUGAUAUUGGCAGCUCUCUAAAAGAUCAUUAUUGAUAAGCUCAAAUUUAACACUUUAUUCGCAUACUGUUCUUUAGACCAAUGAGAACAUCAUUGUUGGUUAAAAACCAAAAUUUAAAUCAAACUACAUGUAUGUCUUAGAAUAGUUCAAACAAUUAUACCAUUAUUUCAAUU